GGGCUUGGUUGUCCAAUUUUCUCUUUCAAGUCAACCAUAGUCAACUUUGCGUUCUUCAGGGGCGGCUGUGUAAGAUUCUGCCGUUUUCGUAACACAAACUCUCCAGCGUUAGGAACCGAUACAAAAUCUAAGCACAUAGAUGUCAAACGAAAUCGUACAACAAGGGUAGCAUACAGUACCACAAGGGACAACUCAGACCAGAGCGACGAGGCAGCCAUGAAUGUGUUUAGGUUAGCGGGGGACAUGACCCACCUCCUCAGCAUAAUUGUUCUUCUCCUCAAAAUCCGCACAAUGAAAUCCUGUGCUGGAAUUUCAUUAAAGACCCAGGAACUGUAUGCUUUAUUGUUCCUUACGCGGUACCUCGAUUUGUUCACAAAGUACUAUUCCUUCUACAAUACUGUCAUGAAACUAAUUUUCAUUGGAACCUCGAUAUGUAUUGUCUGGUAUAUGAGGUUUCACAAAGUAGUAAAGCAAACAUACAACAAAGACCAAGAUACUUUCAGACACUACUUUCUGAUUCCUCCAUGCUUCGUGCUGGCUCUUUUUGUUCAUCGUACGUUUACAGUAAUGGAGGUUCUUUGGACAUUCUCCCUUUAUCUUGAAGCGGUAGCAAUUAUACCACAGUUGAUAAUGCUGCAACAGACUAAGAACAUUGACAACUUGACUGGGAAUUAUGUAUUUCUUCUAGGUGCUUAUCGUGCGUUAUAUCUUAUGAAUUGGAUAUAUCGUUUCUUCAUUGAGACACACAAAGUUCGCUGGAUCCCUUGGUUAUCUGGCUUGGUUCAGACAGCUCUUUAUGCCGACUUCUUCUACUACUAUAUAAAGAGCUGGAAGAACCAUGAGAAGCUCAAGCUCCCUGCUUGAUGUUGUUUGCUACUGGACUUCGAGAUGGAAGGAAUACUGGACUCCAACAGAUAUUAGACUUGUCUGUUUUCUUUUUCCUUUUGGGGUUUUACCAUGUGGAGUGCCUGAGUCAAUGAAACAGCACAUUUUUCACCUGUCUACUGACUAAACUUCUUCAACAACUGUCUGACCGACUACAUUAAAUAUUAGAUACUGGUUAUUAUGGCCUAAGUUGCUACUUUAAGGGUAUGCUUGUUAUGAAUGGGUUAUAACGUUUAAUCUAGUUUUUGCAAUGAAAAUCUCUUCAAGGGCCUGCUUGGGAGUUUUGGCGUACCA